UAUAACUAACUAACUAACCAUGCAAUUUUCGAUUUGGUAUCAAAUCAAUCCUCCUCUUCUAAAACCCUAAGAAUCGUGCAAUCUACAUUGUGAAACGGAAGAAUAUUUUAGGUGUUAGAAGAAAAAAGAUUUGAAGGAUUUAGGGAUCAAGGAUCAAGAAAAAUGAAGGGGUUGUUCAAGUCGAAACCUCGGACCCCGGUGGAGAUGGUGCAGCAUCUGCAUGAGCUUCUUGUUUUCGUUCUCGGCAACACCGAGACCCGGGAAAAGAAACGAGCAGAGAAGAUUGGAGAACUGGAUAAACUGCUUUUGGAUAUAAGAACUGUUCUUUUUGGGGAUGGACAGAUAGAGCCAAAUACAGAAGCAUGUGCACAAGUAACCAAAGAAUUCUUUCAAAAGGAUACAUUUCGGCUUCUAAUCAAUUGUCUUCCAAGUUUGGAUUCUGGGGCACGUCAAAAUGCUACCCAUGUGAUUGCUAAUUUACAAAGACAAAGGGUGAAUUCAAAAGUAAUUGCUUCUGAGUAUCUGGAAAAUAACUUGGAUAUCAUGGAUAUUUUGGUACCAGGUUAUGAAGACAGUGAUAUUGCUUGGACAUAUGGUGCAAUCUUAAGGGAGUGCAUCCGCCAUCAGAAUGUUGCUAGGUAUGUCUUGGAAUCAGAUCAUAUGAAGAAGUUUUUCGGAUAUCUGCAAAAUCCGAAUUUCGACAUUGCUUCAGAUGUUCAAGCCACUUUUAAAGAGCUUUUGACAAGGCAUAAAUCCACUGUGGCUGAAUUUCUUUCUGCAAAUUAUGACUGGUUUUUCCGGGAAUACAAUUCACAAUUGCUGCAAUCCGAAAGCUACAUAACCAGACGACAUGCUGUGAAGCUCCUUGGAGAUAUGUUGUUAGAUCGCUCGAAUUCCGCUGUGAUGGUUCGUUAUGUGACUUCCUUAGAUCACAUGAGGAUCAUGAUGAAUCUUCUUAGGGACUCAAACAAGACAAUAAAACUGGAUACAUUUCAUGUGUUCAAGUUAUUUGUGGCAAAUCAUAAUAAGCCUCCGGAGAUCAUCAGUGUCCUUGUCACAAAUAGAAGCAAACUUCUUCGAUUUUUUGGCGAAUUCAACAUUGAUAAAGAGGAUGAACAGUUUGAAGCCGAUAAAUCUCAGAUCAUCAAAGAGAUUGCUACCUUGCAACCCACGGAUCGUCCAUGCCAAGAUUUAGAUUCUUUCUAAUAUUCCAUGUUAAAUUUUCUUGCAUUCUUUUAUUUAUUUAUUUAUUUUAGCUAAAUUAUUAAUUGUACUAUACUUAAUUCAUGCAUGUUGUUUACAUUACAGUUUCAUAUUUAGGAAGUUUCCAAAUUAUUUUACAGAUGCAUAGUUUCUUUUUAUUGUAAUUGCGGAUGUUAUUGUGGUAAUUGUAAAAAUUAUUAUC